GUCUACCAUUUUCUUUGUAACCUCUCAAUACUCCCUUUUUUUCCAUUUUCUUUGUAACCUCUCAAUACUCCCUUUUUUUUUUGAAAGAAAGAUUGCUCUCUCAAAAACUUGAAGACCUACAAUGGAAGAAAAUGGUGUCAACCCUGAACAAAUAGGAACAGCUUCUGCUCUGCCAGAUGAGAACUAUAUAGAAGUGGAAGAUGCCACUUCUGGAUGUAUUGCCAACAAGGAAGUUGUUGGUGCUGCUAAAGAACCAACUAUUCAAGAUGUCAUGGAAGAGAUAACCUCCUUGAAAGUCCUGCUCACUAAAGUGUCGAAGAAACAAGAUACACUUGAAACGGGAUUAACCAUGGACUUCAACUUAUUGAGGACCAACGUUGCUUCGAUUCAAACCUCUAUUGAGGUAUUUGAAAUGUUAGCAAAUUCAAAAUGUUUUUGUAAUGUUCGUGGUUCAUCAACAAGCUGUGAAGAGGAAGAAUUUAAGGAACCACCUCUGCCAACUGAACAAGAACGGUUUGCGAAGGAGCUAGCUGAAUUAGGGUUGACUCGUGAAACUGAGAAAGUUGAUGAAUCUUUCGGCAAAUAUAUUCAUCAAGGUUUUGUUCGUGAAAAAUUUGCCGAGGGAACAUCUAAACAACAAGUGUUUAAUGGUAGGAGCAGCAGUGUCUUUGGAGGAAUGGAAACUUUUGACAAUCAUGAUGUUGAUGUCAAUAUUUCAAAUACUAAUUUUUCAAACAGUGUGGGAAAAGCUUUCGUACCGGACCGUUGGCUCGAGGAAGAGACACCGCCGAAAGGCAGGACAAGUGUUAAACAAAGUUUUCUCAUCACAAAGAGCGACUACAAAAGAAAGCCUCAACAUUUUAGCCAAACUGCAUCAUAUACGGUUCUAGAAAGUGGUGUUCACAAGAGAUUGAAAUUUCAGACCCCUUCGCCGACAACAAAGCAAACACAAAGUCAUUCUUCGAAAAAGAGCGCCAAAAUUCGUCAAUCGGCAAAGAAUUUCAAAGGACAACGGGAAGAAGCUACUCCAAGAAGUGCUAGGAUGAAAGGUGGAGUUACACCCAAGGGAAAGGAAAUUGCUCUUGACACCAAGAAUGUUGCUCUUGACGAAAGAACAAAACGAGCUCUUAGGAAUGCACAUGUAUGCUCCUUCCUUUUUCAAAAAUCAACUGAAGUUAAUUUGAUUAACGAGACACUUGUGUUGACGAUGGGUCUAGCAGCUACAAGGUCUGAACUUCAGUGUCUCCUCCCUGAUGUACAUAUAACUGAAUUGGUCAUUGCAUUGGCAGCGGCAAGAGUGACAUGUAGACACACGUUGAGGCAGUCUGUUUGGUGCCUCCCACCAUCAUUUGCGUUUGAUUUCGAGGAUGGAUUAAAUUUAUCACACAUAAGAGCGAAGUACCGUGGAGACUGGAUGACCCCUUUCGCUAAAGUCCAGUUUAUAUAUAUCCCAUUGAGGGGUGCGGAGGGUCUUUGGUUUUUGAUGGUGGUACAUGUUCCAAGCGGAAUAACGUAUCACCUUGAUUCUAACUGUCCAGCUGGACUAACCGAGGAGCAACGACAUUACAAGAUUAGAAGAAUGGGAUUGUUGUUACAUCGCCUUGUGGAUUGUGAUGAAUACUCCACGGUCUUUCCCAACAAGAGUCAAGAGUUUGAAAAGUUUGAAAUUGUCCGGCCUAAUUUAAUGAUCGAUGACUGUAGUAGCAGUGAAAACUCCGGAGUAUGGGUGUUGCAGUGGCUAACUAUGGAACAUUAUUAUAGACCGGAAAACUUUCUUAGGAUCAUGGACGUGAAAUCUGUGCGGCUGAACACUGCGGCUGAACUGUUGAUUGGGUAUGAAAAUUCCCUCCGCUAUGAAGUUCAGAAAAAGACCGAUGAAUUUUUGAAGGCCAGGAAUGAGAAGAAACCCAUUGAUCUGGAUACCGAUUAAUGGUUUUGUGUAGCUAAUCUAUCUCAUCUCCAAUCCAACCAUUUUUUUGGAGUCAAUUGUGUGGUUUGAUACGAAGAUGAGACAGAAACAAUAUUUUUUGGUUUUGGGUGCCAUCAUAUAUUUUGUUUUGGCUAAAGGGCCCAUAUAUUUUGAUGUUCUGUAUUAUUGUAAUAUGAUUCAUGAACAAAAAUCAUGUUACUAACGAACAAGAUUUAGUGUUAAUGUAAUUACUAUUUCAUAUUUUUA